AUGGGAGGACACAAGAAUAUAGAAGUUACAAUUGAAGCAUUCAAAAAGAUUCAUUCACAUUCAUUCAAAUAUUUAGAGUCUGCAGUCAAUGGUAUACUAUUGGGUACAGUGCAAAAGGAUUCAUCGAUCAUUGUCAAUGAUAUAAUCCCUCUCUUUCACAAUGGAACUUUAUUACCAAUGUUUGAAGUUGCAAUGAUACAGAUAGAAGAAUAUUGUAAAGUAAAUCAAAUAGAUAUGGUUGGAUACUAUCACAUUACAGAUAACUUAUCAGAAAAGGAGGUUGAUCCAAUGGCAAAGAAGAUAUUAGAAAAGUUAUCAAACGAAUUACAUACUUUUUGUUUUAUUACUAUUGUUGAAUUGGAUAAUGAUAAUCAAAGUGGAUUGAUUUCACUUUCAAGCAAUGGAAAUAGUUUAGCAAAACAACAAGAUGUUAAAGUAGUUGGUCAACCAUCAUUCGAUACACUCAAACAAACAUUAAAACAAAUACUCACCGAACACAAAGAAACAAAAUUAAAUGAUUUUGAAGAUUACCUUUCAAAUCCAACUUUAGAUUGGUUAAAUAAACCAUUAUAA